UUCAAGUAUACGAGUAAUUAAUUUCAAAAAAUGAAAAAUGUAGCAACACCUUUAAAUAUGUACAGUUUGGUAUUAUGGUACUUUAUACGCAACGUAUUUGGACAAACGAAUGAAUGCGUAAAUUGCACGAUAUAUAAUGGAGGCUGUCAAAUGAAAGUCACGGGUUGGAGUGCCUUUAAAAUGUCCUCUCGGGAUAAAUCAUUGGUUGUUAAAAUACCGCCGAUUAAUGAUGAAAACGAAGACGAAAUCGUAUUUGAUGACACCUUAGUUAAUUGCACUAUUAAUGGGUUUACCAUAACCGAUACCUUAGAAACAUUCGUUUGUUUUUGGUCACCCUUGUUGGGCUGUAGUGCUGUAACAAAAAAGGAAGUUGUUAACAAACAUCAUAUGGAUUAUGAAGCCUGCAAGAUUUGUGCCAGAUAUUGUAAUUGUAAAACGCCAAGUGGAUCUUGGACUACUAAAGAUGCGAGUUUAGGACGGCUCUUGACAUUGUUCAUCGCCAUUAAGAUAUUUUAUUGAAUAAAAUUUACUUUAAUGAAAACA